CAGUGACCCAGUUGAAGUAUAAAAUAAGGUGAUAAGAAGAGCCUCAUCAUUCUUCUUUAACAACAGAAUCUCCUUUGAAGGCUCCUCAUAUUAUCAUCAUCAUUCUAGCUUGACUGCUCAGUAUCCUGUAUAUCACAUCCAGGAAAAGUAAUGUAGUUAUGUGAUUGUGCUAACAAGGUCAAAAGGAUAAAUGCGAGCAGCUAAAAAACUCUUUCCUUCAUUACAUAUUAAAAGUAUUUGCGGGUUUGCGCGAGAUGAAAAAGGACAGAAAUCCAUGGAACAUGCUCAGUGAUGAAAUGGUGGAGACAGUAUUGGCGCAACUCCCAACGUUGGACUUCUGUCGGUGCCGGUUUGUGUGUAAGAGAUGGAGUGCAAUCAUCAAUUCACCAACCUUUCAGACUACCUCGCAUCAGAUCUUUGAUCGACGCCCAUGGUUCUUAAUUUUCAAUAAACAGCCGGCGUCUGUUUCGGUUUAUGAUAUGGAGAUUUGUGAUUGGCGGGCACAUCUGAAACUCCCAUUGCCGACUGAAAUUAGGAAAACGCCAUUUAUUCCAGUUGUUUCAUCUGGUGGACUUAUGUGCUUUCAAUCAAUCGCCAAUUCUUAUGUAGUUUGUAAUCCCUUUACUGGUUCAGUUCGCUCGUUACCUAGAUUCCGUCUGAGCAAAAAAUUUAGAGGUGGGUGGAUCGCAAUGCACGUACCACAAGGAUCUAAUAGUUACAAGCUUUUUGUAGUUUGCGGGAUGUGGCCUGAUAUGGUUAUGAAAGUUUUCUCCUCAGCUGAGAAGAGAGCUACAUGGAAGAGUUUGUCUUUAGGAUUGCUCACGGAAGAACAUGGGUCUUGGUCUAUUUGGGAUAGAGGUGUGACAGUAACUGGUAAAGAACAACAGAUUUUGGCGUACUACCUUACCCUUGAUGGAAACCUAGUAUGUAUUGAUACCGAGAAAUGCACUAUCGCUAUAUACUCAAAAUUACUUGAAGGGGAUAAUUUUUUCAAAAUGGACUUGGUCGAGUGCGGUGGAAGGGUUUUCGUAGUGGUCCUUAUGGAAACAGAUGGUGCUUCUGUCACUAUGAAAAGAACAUUACAUGUUUGGGAAUUCGAUACUGAGUCGGCAGCGUGGAAACAAACUUCAGCCAUGCCAGCAAACAUGUCCAAAGACUACUACAAUAAUGAAGCUCUCAUCACGUGUUCUGGUCAUGGCGAACAUAUAAUGAUCUGUGUGAACUCUAUUAAUGGGGUUACUUCAUUCAACCACGUGGUGAUUUACAACAUAAAAGAAAAUACUUGGAUUGACCUCUCACCACGCUUUGGAGACUACAAUGCUGAUGUAACGGUUUUGUUGCCUCACUCUUUCAAACCAGACAUUAAAGCUUGUGUGUGAUGGAGUUUGUUUUCUAGCUAAAUCAAUAGGUAAAGUAUACGACAUUCUGAGGGUAUAUUUACAGUUUAUUUUUUCCUUCUGCUAAGCAAGUAUGCUUGAAUAUUCUAAUUAGUUAAAGUUGAAGAUUUAGCAUCGAUGCCCAUCUCUUGGGGCCCUUCAUAAAUCUUAGUUGUUUUGUCUGCAUUUCUUAAACAUUAUAAUAGAAUUGGUGAAUUUCACAGUUGGCAA